CAAAAGCUCAAGGAAGAGAGGGAGGCUAAACGUGCUCGGCUGGAUGGCAGGCAUGAUUACUUACUGGAUACCGUUGCCUCCUGUGUGAAUCUGGACAAAGCAGAAGUAGAAGAUGCUAUUCUUGAUGGUAACCAGAUAGAGCGCAUUGAUAAAUUCCUGGCCCCUGGAUGUUUGCGUCAUCUGAUGUUCUACUAUCAAGAUGUAGAGGCAAUGGAUACAGAGCACUUUGGCCUUCCAGGAACAGGAAUCGACUCUCAUUUGACAAAGAAGAAACCUAAAGUGUUUGUGACAGAGGGAAAAGAAGUUGCUUUAACUGGUGUAUGCAUUUUCUUCAUUAGAUCUAGCCUUUUUAAACCCAUCACAACUGAGAAUAUCUAUCAGGAAGUAAAUUUUAAUAUGAUGAAUGUAGGUCGAGAUGGUUUACUAAAAAGUGUUGAGCAGCUGAUAUCAGAAAUCUACAUUCCAGCCUUACGAACUAUGGACUAUGGCUGGGUUGAACUUGGUGAACCUCAACAAGCUUCCAAAAUUAAGCAGGACUUCAUUGGUUCCCUUGAAGCAUUUGUUAGUGUGCUAUCAGGAACUCAGCAGAGUCUAUUGGAGAAGGUCAGUCUGAAGAAAUGUGAAACAUAUGAUCUGAAAACUCUAAGAGGGCCUUCAGAUUACCUGAUGGUUGCUAACAGUGUAGAUGCUCUUGAAAGAAUAGAAGUCUGCAUGAAAGCGUGGACCAAACAAAUUGAACAGAUUCUUGCAGAAAACGACCAGUUGAGAAAGGAAACAGAUGACCUUGGACCACGAGCAGAGCUAGAUUACUGGAAAAAGAAAUUGGCCAAAUUCAACUACCUUACGGACCAGCUGAAGAGCCCAGAUGUGAAGGCAGUGCUUGGCGUACUCACUGCUGCGAAAUCCAAACUGCUGAAGAACUGGCGAGUGUUGGAUAUUCGCAUCACACAUGCAGCAAAUGAAGCUAAAGAUAAUGUGAAAUAUCUAUAUUCUUUGGAAAAAUAUUGGGACCCAUUAUACAAUAGUGAUCCUGUAUCCAUGGUGGAUGCUAUUCCGGGACUCAUAAAUGCAAUUAAAAUGAUUCAGAGUAUCUCUCAGUAUUACAACACAUCUGAGAAGAUAUCAUUGCUGUUUGUGAAGGUGACCAAUCAGAUGAUCACAGCAUGCAAAUCUUAUAUUACAAACAACAAUAUGACCACCAUCUGGAAUCAACCUCAGGAGAGAGUUAUGGAAAAACUACAAGCAACCAUUAGACUUAAACAGGAGUAUCAAAAUUACUUUCACAAGAUAAAAGAAGAAUUGAGACAAAAUCCAUCUGAAAGACAGUUUGAUUUUAGUGAGAUGUAUAUCUUUGGAAAAUUUGAAACCUUUCAUCGACGUCUGGUAAAGAUAAUAGAUAUUUUCAAUACUAUGAAAACUUACUCAGUUCUACAGGAGUCUAAGAUAGAGGGAUUGGAAGAAAUGAUCACAAAAUAUGAGAGCAUUGUUGACAUCAUGAAGAAAAGGCAUUACAAUUUCUUGGAUCAACGGAAGAUGGAUUUUGACCAAGACUAUGAAAAUUUUUGCAGAGAGAUAAAUGAUCUUCACGAUCAAUUAAGGAUUUUCAUGGACAUCACCUUUGAAAAUAUUCUGAACACUGAAAGAGCAUUGAGUAUGUUGAAGAAAUUUGAAAGAUUACAAAUCCCAAAUCUUGGCAUUGAUGAAAAGUAUCAGAAAAUACUUCAAAACUAUGGUCAUGACAUAGAAACAGUCUGUAAGAUCUACACUAAGCAGAAGCAGGACCCUCCACUGGCUCGUAAUCUGCCUCCAAUAGCUGGUAAGAUCUUGUGGGCACGCCACCUAUUCCAUAGGAUCCAGGAGCCCAUGGGGUCUUUCCAGCGGCACCCGGCUGUUCUGCAAACACCUGAUGGCAAGCGCAUAAUCCGCAACUACAACAAAGUAGCAAAAGUUCUUAUGGAGUUUGAGGUGAUCUACCACAGGGAAUGGCUUCAGCAGGUUGAAUUUGCUAGAAGAGGACUUCAGACAUCUCUCUUGAUAAAAGCUCCAGAAACAGGAGAAUUAUUUGUGAAUUUUGACCCUCAAAUACUAACUUUAAUCAGAGAAACAGACUGCAUGGUUCACAUGUGCCUUGAAAUCCCACCACUUGCAAGUAUUAUUCAGCACAAGAGAGACUGGUAUAAGAAGAUUGUCAACAAUUUGCAUCUGAUGCUGGCAGAAUAUAAAAGAAUUAAACUGAAAAUAAAACACCCUAUUGAACAACUGAUGGCUCCUCAGUUAGCAAAUGUAGAUGAUGCUCUCCAGCCAGGUCUGAUGUUACUGACCUGGACAUCCUUGAAUAUUGAGAAAUAUAUUAAUAAGGUUUUUCACAAGCUGUCUGGGCUGGAGUUAUUGCUUGAUCGAGUGAAUGACUUGGUUGAAUUUCGUAUUGAUGCUGUCCUUCAAGAAAUGAAUAGAGUGCCACUUUGUAAGUUGCCAGAAGAUGAACCACUGAGCUGUGAGGAAUUUCUACAAAAGACUAAGGAACUCUGUAUAAAAGGUUCUCGGACUUUACAUUUAAAAAGCUCACUGGUGGAAGAUGCUGUUAAUGAGCUGAUUAACACAUUGCUUGACACUGAGGUACAGGUCAGAAAAGUUGAGAAGUCAGUUGUACCCACUGGUGAAAUAAGGGGAAAAAAUACAGCAACAGAAGAGGAAAGAAGAUCAAAAAGCUUGACUUCCUCCUACAACUCCAGUGACAUAUGGGCUGGGCUGUCUGCUUCAGCAAAGAGGAAGAGAACAGAUUUAGAAAUGUUAGAGGAAGAAGCCAAUGAACUGCUUUCCUACUUUAAUAAUUGUAAUAUUGAUGCCCUUUUGAAAGUCACUCGAAACACUCUGGACACUCUACGCAAGCGCAUCCAUGCAUCUUCCAUGAUCAACUUUUUAGAAAAUGACAAUGCUUCUAAGCAGAAAAAAAGAGCUCAUCCUAUAAUUAGGACCAGUAUUAACUUGUCUAUCCCUAAUGUCAUCAUGACACCCUCUUUGGAUGAGGUACAGCAGACACUUAAUAAAGUGGUAGAUAGUAUUGUGAAAGUAAUGAAAGGAGUUGGACAGUGGAGCAAGGAGAGAAUAUCUAAGAAGAAAAUGUCAGAGAGGAAUGUGGCUAUGUUGCAGUGUGAGAACAGAGACAGCGAUUCUGAUGAUGGAAUGAAAGAGACUGGAAAGAAAAACAUCCAUGAUGUGUCAGAUGCAGCAUCACUCAGUUUGUCUGAUCCAGUGCAAAGCCAGAACUACUUCAAGAGUGUUUCAGAGAACAAAGAAAUUAUUAAAUCAGUGUCUUUACUCAGCACUGCUAUUAAUUCUACAAAAAGGGAAGUUCUUACUGCUUUGGAGAGUUUUAGUUGUUACCACCCUAUAUGGCAGAAGGACAAGGAGGAAACCAUUGAUAAAUUAAUGAUGGGAAACCCAUUACUCUCUGAAUUUGAAUCUGAAAUUCUGCACUUCCGAGACUUGGAGCUGAAAAUCGAUUCUGAGCCUGAAUACAUCUGCGUGGGAGCUCUUGCACUAUACACUGCUGAUCUGAAGCUAGCAUUGAGAGCAGAAACCAAAGCGUGGAUGAAUUUGCUGGGGUGUCAUUGUAAUAAGAAGUACCGAACAGAAAUGGAAGCAAUUUUCACUUUUAUAGAGGAAACUGGCAAGAAGUUAAAUCGCCACAUCAAGGAUCUGGAUGAUAUAAGAAUAGCCAUGUCAGCAUUAAAAAAGAUCAGAGAACUACAGAUCUCCAUAGACUCUCAAAUUGGGCCCAUUGAGGAAUCCUAUGCUAUGUUAAAUAAAUAUGAUUUACUUGUGGCCAAGGAAGAGACAGAGAAGGUGGACACUUUGCACUACACUUGGGAAAAACUGCUAGUUCGUGCAAAUGAAGUGCAGAAUGAGCUCAUUGCUUUGCAGCCAAACUUCAGAGGAGAGCUUAUUAGCACUGUGAAGACUUUUACUGAAGACUGUGCACAAUUCUAUUCAGAUUAUGAUCAGAAUGGGCCAAUGGUGGUUGGUUUAGAGCCUCAGGAAGCCAGUAACAGGCUCACUAUGUUUCAGAAUCGAUUUGAUAAUCUUUUUCGUAAAUAUAUUACUUAUACUGGUGGGGAAGAUCUUUUUGGUUUGCCUGUUACUCAGUAUCCUCAGCUGCUUGAAAUAAAGAAGCAACUGAAUCUGCUACAGAAGCUCUAUAAUCUGUAUAACAGUGUCAUUGACACAGUCAGUGGCUACUAUGAUAUUCUUUGGUCAGAAUUAGACACUGGAAAAAUUAGCAGUGAACUUCUGGAGUUUCAGAACAGAUGCCGUAAGCUUCCUCGUGGUGUAAAGGAAUGGCAGGCCUUUUUUGACCUAAAGAAGACCAUUGAGGACUUCAGUGAAUGUUGCCCAUUGCUUGAGCGUAUGUCAAGUAAAGCAAUGAUGCCUCGGCACUGGAAGCGGAUUAUGGAUCUCACUGAACAUAACUUUGAUGUGGAAAGUGAAACAUUCAAACUGAGGAAUAUAAUGGAAGCUCCACUAUUAAGAUAUAAAGACGAAAUAGAGGAUAUCUGCAUAAGUGCUGUGAAGGAGGGAGACAUUGAGCAGAAGUUAAAACAAGUGAUAGCUGAAUGGGACAACAAAACAUUUAUCUUUGCAAACUUUAAAAACCGUGGGGAACUUCUUUUAAGAGGUGACAGCACAUCAGAAACAAUUGCUACGAUGGAGGACAGCUUGAUGAUUCUUGGCUCUCUUAUGAGUAACAGAUACAACACACCUUUCAAGACACAGAUUCAGAAAUGGGUGCACUAUCUUUCCAACACAACAGAUAUCAUUGAGAACUGGAUGACUGUGCAGAACUUGUGGAUUUAUUUAGAAGCUGUUUUUGUUGGUGGUGACAUAGCAAAGCAGCUUCCAAAGGAAGCAAAGCGUUUCUCUAACAUUGAUAAAUCCUGGGUGAGGAUCAUGACUCGAGCUCAUGAAACACCUAAUGUUGUUCAGUGCUGCAUUGGAGAUGAAAUCAUGGGACAGUUACUACCACAUUUACUAGAACAGCUUGAAAUCUGUCAGAAAUCACUCACAGGGUACCUGGAGAAAAAGCGCCUCCUGUUUCCACGAUUCUUCUUUGUGUCAGAUCCUGCUCUCUUAGAAAUCCUUGGCCAGGCAUCAGACUCUCACAGUAUACAGGCCCAUCUGCUGAAUGUCUUUGACAACAUCAAAACUGUCACAUUUCAUGAAAAGAUAUAUGAUUGCAUAUUGUCGAUUAGUUCACGAGAGGGUGAGACUCUAGAACUGACUAGACCUGUAAUGGCAGAAGGUAACGUGGAAGUUUGGCUCAAUUCUCUGUUGAAGGAAUCCCAGCUGUCACUGCAUCAUGUUAUUCGCCAGGCAGCUGUGCACAUCCAGGAAACAAGUUUCCAACUGGCUGAAUUUCUUUCUACUUACCCAGCCCAGGUUGGGUUAUUGGGGGUCCAAAUGCUUUGGACAAGAGACUCGGAAGAAGCUUUGACUAAUGCAAAGUAUGAUAAAAAAAUUAUGCGAAAGACGAACCAGUUUUUCCUGGAUCUUCUAAACACGCUGAUAGAUGUGACAACAAAAGACCUUAGCCCAGUUGAACGAGUUAAAUAUGAGACAUUAAUCACUAUUCAUGUGCAUCAGAGGGACAUUUUUGAUGGUCUGUGUUGCAAGCAUAUCAAGAGCCCUACAGACUUCGAGUGGCUGAAACAGUGUAGAUUUUAUUUUAAUGAAGACUCUGAUAAAAUGAUGGUUAAGAUCACUGAUGUGAGUUUCACAUACCAAAAUGAAUUCUUGGGCUGUACUGACAGGCUUGUCAUAACGCCUCUUACGGACAGAUGUUACAUCACUUUGGCUCAAGCUUUAGGCAUGAACAUGGGUGGAGCACCUGUGGGACCUGCAGGAACUGGAAAAACUGAAACCGUCAAAGAUAUGGGACGGUGCCUUGGAAAAUAUGUAGUGGUCUUCAACUGUUCAGACCAGAUGGAUUUCCGAGGACUUGGGAGGAUCUUCAAAGGUCUUGCUCAGUCAGGCUCCUGGGGUUGCUUUGAUGAAUUCAAUCGUAUUGAUUUACCAGUACUAUCAGUAGCUGCACAGCAAAUUGCAAUUGUGUUGACAUGUAAGAAGGAACACAAAAAAAGCUUUAUUUUUACUGAUGGAGAUAAUGUGGAAAUGAACCCAGAAUUUGGCAUCUUUCUUACUAUGAAUCCAGGAUAUGCUGGACGACAAGAACUUCCUGAGAAUUUGAAGAUCAACUUCCGUUCGGUGGCUAUGAUGAUUCCUGAUCGUCAAAUCAUAAUUCGUGUCAAAUUGGCUAGUUGUGGUUUCAUUGCUAAUGUUGUAUUGGCAAGGAAGUUCUUUACACUGUACAAGCUUUGUGAAGAACAACUGUCAAAGCAGGUGCAUUACGAUUUUGGCUUGCGGAAUAUAUUGUCAGUGCUACGUACACUAGGAGCAGCAAAAAGAGCAAAUCCCACAGAUACUGAAUCUACCAUUGUCAUGCGUGUGCUGAGAGACAUGAACCUGUCUAAACUAAUUGAUGAAGAUGAACCCUUAUUCCUGAGUCUAAUGGAAGAUCUAUUUCCAGAUAUCCAGCUUGAUAAAGUAGCAUAUCCUGAACUGGAAGCUGCCAUUGACAAACAGGUGGAGGAAGCUGGACUUGUUAGUCAUCCUCCUUGGAAACUGAAAGUUAUCCAACUUUUUGAAACCCAGAGAGUAAGGCACGGAUUGAUGACACUAGGACCUAGUGGUGCAGGAAAAACUGCUUGCAUCCACACUUUAAUGAAAGCCAUGACAGAUUGUGGACAGCCACAUCGUGAAAUGAGAAUGAAUCCUAAAGCUGUAACUGCUCCGCAAAUGUUUGGUCGUCUCGAUGUGGCAACAAAUGAUUGGACAGAUGGAAUAUUUUCAACACUCUGGAGAAAAACUUUAAGAGCCAAGAAAGGUGACCACAUCUGGAUAGUUCUUGAUGGUCCAGUUGAUGCUAUUUGGAUUGAGAACCUUAAUUCUGUCCUGGAUGAUAACAGAACUCUAACGCUUGCAAAUGGAGAUCGGAUACCUAUGGCACCCAAUUGCAAAAUAGUCUUUGAACCUCAUAAUAUUGAUAAUGCUUCUCCAGCAACAGUUUCGAGGAAUGGGAUGGUAUUCAUGAGCUCAUCAGUUCUCACCUGGAGCCCUAUCCUUGAGGGAUUUUUGAGAAGACGUUCCUUCCAAGAAGCUGAAAUUCUACGUCAGCUAUAUUCUUCGUCAUUCCCAGACUUAUACCGCUUCAGCAUUCAGUCUCUGCAAUGCAAGACUGAGAUGUUGGAAGCCUUUGUGAUUAUGCAAAGCAUCAAUAUGCUGCAGGGUCUUAUCCCACCUAAGGAGCAAGGAGGGGAAUUGACUCCAAAACACUUGGAAAGGCUGUACAUCUUCUCUCUUAUGUGGAGUGUAGGAGCAUUAUUGGAACUGGAAGACAGAUGCAAAAUGGAGCACUGGCUUCGAAACCAUGCAACAAUAAAACUUGAUCUUCCCUGUAUCCCAGAAGAUAGUGAAGAUACCAUUUUUGAUUAUUAUGUUGCAUCUGAUGGUAAAUGGAUGCACUGGAAUACAUGUGUUGAAGAGUAUGUAUAUCCCAGCAGCAGCACUCCAGAAUAUGGCUCCAUUCUUGUGCCUAAUGUUGACAACGUGCGAAUGGAUUUCCUUAUUGAAACCAUUGCAAAACAGGGCAAGGCUGUUCUACUAAUUGGUGAGCAAGGAACUGCGAAGACUGUUAUCAUAAAAAGUUUUAUGUCAAAAUAUGACCCUGAAAGCCACAUGGCUAAGAGAUUGAAUUUUUCAUCUGCAACUACCCCGUUAAUUUUUCAGCGUGCAAUAGAAAGUUAUGUGGACAAGCGCAUGGGCACAACUUAUGGUCCUCCUGCAGGCAAAAAGAUGACAGUCUUCAUUGAUGAUGUCAAUAUGCCAGUAAUAAAUGAAUGGGGAGAUCAGGUCACCAAUGAGAUAGUCAGGCAACUAAUGGAACAGAAUGGACUGUAUAACCUGGAAAAGCCUGGUGAAUUUACCACCAUUGUGGACAUUCAGUUUUUGGCUGCCAUGAUCCAUCCUGGGGGAGGUCGCAAUGAUAUUCCACAGAGGCUCAAGAGACAAUUUUCUGUGUUCAACUGUACUCUGCCUUCUAAUUCUUCCAUUGACAAAAUUUUUGGUGUAAUUGGAGAAGGGCACUACUGUAGUGAGAGGGGAUUUUCAGAAGAUGUGAAGAAAACAGUAGCCAAAUUGGUUCCUCUGACACGCAGGCUGUGGCAGGUUACCAAGCUAAAGAUGUUACCCACACCAGCUAAAUUCCAUUAUGUCUUCAACCUUCGAGACCUCUCAAGGAUUUGGCAAGGAAUGCUGAACACUACAUCAGAAGUGAUCAAUGAACCAAAGGUACUAAUUAAACUGUGGAAGCAUGAAUGUAAGUCUGUUAUUGCUGAUCGUUUCACAACCUCAGAAGAUGUAAACUGGUUUGAUGCAACUGUGGCAAAACUCAUUGAAGAAGAAUUUGAAGAAUCAAAAGCUUUGCUGGAUCCUGGAAUUGAUGCAUUCUUUGUUGACUUCUUAAGGGAUGCACCUGAAAAAACUGGUAAAGAUGGACUUUUAGUAACCAUGGAGUUGACAAGAAUUGGAAAGGGGAUAUGA